GAGAAGAUAAUGCGAGAUUGUAGUUGCAUUUAAAGCUCAAGUUUCCAUCUUCUUUCAUUUCAUUCGCAUUUGCAUUUCACUCCGCUCCCUCAUUUUCGCACCUUUUUUUCCAAUUGUUUUUACCUUUUUUUUUUUUUGGAAACGUGAUCGGCUGUUUAGCAUUCUGUUGUUUCUGAAUAACGCUCGUAAUCGUUCGAAUCAGAGAUCAGCAAAUAAAUGGCAGAGAGUGAUGAUAUUCAACCUCUUGUCUGUGACAAUGGAACUGGAAUGGUCAAGGCUGGAUUUGCUGGAGAUGAUGCUCCAAGGGCCGUGUUCCCUAGCAUCAUAGGCCGCCCGCGCCACACAGGUGUGAUGGUCGGCAUGGGACAGAAGGAUGCCUAUGUUGGUGAUGAGGCUCAGUCCAAGAGAGGUAUUCUAACUCUCAAGUACCCAAUUGAGCAUGGCAUUGUUAACAAUUGGGAUGACAUGGAGAAGAUUUGGCAUCACACAUUCUACAACGAGCUUCGUGUUGCCCCAGAGGAGCACCCAAUUCUUCUCACAGAAGCACCCCUCAACCCAAAGGCAAAUCGAGAGAAGAUGACACAGAUCAUGUUCGAAACCUUCAAUUCCCCUGCCAUGUAUGUUGCUAUUCAGGCUGUUCUGUCCCUUUAUGCCAGUGGUCGUACGACUGGUAUUGUGAUGGACUCUGGUGAUGGUGUGAGUCACACUGUGCCUAUCUACGAAGGGUAUUCUCUCCCUCACGCAAUUCUUCGACUUGACCUUGCUGGGCGCGACCUCACUGAAUUCUUCGCCAAGAUCCUGACGGAGCGUGGCUACAGCUUCACAACCUCUGCUGAGAAGGAAAUUGUGAGGGACAUGAAGGAGAAGCUGACAUACAUUGCGCUGGACUUUGAGCAGGAGAUGGAGACAGCCAAGACUAGCUCGGACAUAGAGAAGAACUACGAGCUGCCGGAUGGGCAAGUGAUCACGAUUGGGAAUGAGCGUUUCCGUUGCCCUGAGGUGCUCUUCCAGCCAGCAAUGAUAGGAAUGGAAGCUGCUGGCGUGCACGAGACAACAUACAACUCGAUCAUGAAAUGUGACGUGGAUAUCAGGAAGGACUUGUACGGGAACGUUGUGCUCAGUGGCGGCACCACCAUGUUCCCCGGUAUUGCUGAUCGGAUGAGCAAGGAAAUCAGCGCAUUGGCUCCAAGCAGCAUGAAGAUUAAGGUGGUGGCUCCGCCCGAGAGGAAGUACAGUGUCUGGAUCGGGGGAUCCAUCCUCGCUUCCCUCAGCACCUUCCAGCAGAUGUGGAUUGCUAAGGCCGAGUACGACGAGUCCGGCCCUUCCAUUGUGCACCGGAAAUGUUUCUGAUCUCUCAAUCAUCGACUUCCCCCAAGGAAAUGCUCUCCAAUUCAUUUGCUGUUUCUUGUUACUUUCCAUUUUUUUUACUUCAUUAUGUUGUUUUUCUUGCUUUUGAAAUUCAGCUGUUAUAGGUUUGUUGCCUUCUUUUAUUUGUUGUUUUUUUGAAUGUUUUUCCUCACACUUGUUUUGUCUUUAAUUCCAGCAGUUUUGGCUUAUUA